CGAUCAUCUACACGCUUAUCCAUGCCACAUCAUCGAUGACCAUCAGCCAGGCCCACAUCGUUGCCGAAGUUAAUGCAUGAAGAUUGGCUGGAAUCUUGUAUCAACGGUCGUCGUAAUCAGAUGAGCAGGGGAAGCCUUUUUCCAAGACUAGAGAACUCGCGUCAUCUGGAUGGUGCAAGACUUCAUGCGCCAGCAUGGACACGUCACUUGUCUGUUUCACCAACUGCCUCGUCUGCAUCUCGGGCGAACUGAUAUCGCAAGAUGUUUAUUUCAGCACCGACACGGGGCAAAUCACACCUAACUACUACUACCGGCAGCAGGGCGUUCGGCGCAUCGACCUAGCGGGCUUGGUCGUAGCCCCAGGGUUCCUUGAUCUACAGACUAAUGGUUUGAUGGGUGUGCAUUUUACAAGCCUGGGCUCGUCGCCGCAGGGUGAUGAGACGAGUGGUGUCAGUGAUGAGGAGGUGGAUAAAUUGUUCCGUGUCAGUCAAGUCGAGGCACAGCAUGGUGUCACGGCCUGGUGGGCGACAGUACCAACAGUGGAGAGAUCACGGUGGAGGGAGAUCAUUCCCGUGUUGAGACCACGAGACUUUGACUCGGGAGCCACGCUCCUUGGCGUCCACGUUGAAGGACCCUAUAUCAAUCCUGUCAACAAAGGCGCACAUAAUGCCAGCUAUAUCCAGGAUCCGACCCAGAUCUCCCCGUCGGAGCUGUAUGGACACGACAACCUGGAAAGCCACAUCAAACUCAUCACGUUGGCCGCCGAACUCCCAGGCUCCACUGCCCUGAUCACCCAGCUGCUUCAAGACUACCCCGACCUUGUCAUCUCUCUGGGUCACUCAUCGGCCACUUACGAAGAUGGACUGGCUGCGGUGCAACUCGGUGCUCGAGCGCUAACUCACGUCUUUAAUGCAAUGGGGCCGAUGCAUCAUCGUAAUCCUGGCCUAGCGGGUCUCAUGUCCACGGGACGAGUCCAUUACACGGUGAUUCCCGAUGGGAUUCAUCUGCAUCCGUCGGUGGUGUCCAUGUGCCUGCGUACCGAUCCGCAGAAAUGCAUCUUCAUCACCGACAGCAUCGAACUCGCGGGUCUUGCCGACGGAACAUAUGCAGGAAAUAGUCAGAUCACACAUGGGCAAUACAAACAAGGUAACCGCGUGACCAUCGAGGGCACCCAAACAUUGAUUGGGUCGUGUUGUACCUUGGACGAAUGUGUGCGCAAUGCUGUCGCUUACACAGGGUGCAAUCUUGCCGAAGCGGUUCAGUGUGUGACGGAGAACGUGGCAGAUCUGAUGGGUCAGAGUAAGCGGGGCAAGCUGGAACCCGGACGGCGAGCUGAUUUUGCCAUUUUGGACCUCGAAGGGAAGGUGAAGGAGACGUGGAUUGGUGGUGCAAGGGUGUGGAAAGGAGAAUAGCUGGUCCACACGAUCCAAGUGACGUCGAGAGAGAUAUGUUUUCCUGGCUUAACAUGGUCAAUUCACAUGGCAGAUUGGAAUGGGGCCGUGGAGAUUCUUCAAGGCUUGACUAGGAUGAGACAUGGUUGAUGGAAUCGAGAUAGCCUGCCGGACUACCUACUUACUUAGAUCAGAUAGACGAUAAAAGGCUCGUUGAAGAAA